AUGUCGCAAGCUGUGAACAACCUUGCUACUCAGACUGUUGAGUCGGGAAUUUAUGCUGCUGAACGUGCGAAACAAGAGACGAAGGAUGCGACGAACACAGCAUCUACAACUGGUGGAGAGAUUAAGAGAGAGGCACAAGUGAAGGCUUCGGAUGUGCAGACGGUUGCAGCUGAUGCAGCAGGUACCGCAAAGGAGAAAUUUCCCGCAGCCGCACAGCAGACAGCAGAAACGGCCGACGUGUUACAGCACAAAUUAUCGGAGAAGACAGAUGCAGCGGCAGAAGAAGGAAAGCGAGACGUAGAAGCGGCAAAGCAAACUGGGACGUCGUACGUAGAGCAGGCGAAGCACGUGGGCGGGAACGUAUUGGCAACUGCGCAGGGUUAUGUCCAGGCCGGCCAAGACCGACUCUCAGCGUCCGCACAGAGUGAAGAGGGGGGCAUUACUUCGACACUUGCGAGCGCUGCGAAUACGGCACUUGGUGCGACGAAGUCGCUGCUCAAUACUGCGCAAGGGACUUUGCAGCCGACUGUUGAGAGCGCAAGGUCAACCGUCCAACCACAUGUGGAGAACGCUCAGGCCACUGUGCAACCUCACAUUGAGAAUGCUAAGAAUACCGCGGAGCCGUACGUCCAGUCUGCAGUAGACACGACGAAACAGUAUGCGCAGGCGGCAGUCGAUACCGCGAAGCCGUACGUACAAAGCGCAAAGGAGACCGUUGCGCCGAGCGAGGAGAAGAAGGCAGAUUAGUAUUGAAUAGAGUUGUGAUGGUCUGUUUUAAUUGUUUUUAUCUAAUGUAGUCGUUCUCGUGUGGUGUAUGGUAUACCCAAAC